AUGUCUACUGCGUCCUUUGUCACCUACCUUCAGAGGCCCCGGUCACCGGCGUUCCGGGCGCCACCGCCGUCCCCGGUCACCGGCGUUCUGACUGGCAGCAGCUCGGGGUCGUCCGGGUACGGCGAGUGUCAGGAUGACGACGAUAUCGGCAAGUUCCUGCGCUGCUCCGCCAGGGUCCCAGUGCUGCGGCUGCCGGAGAGGCCCGGCCCUCGGAGAAACAAGAAAGCGGCCGCCUGGGCACCGCCUGUCGUCGACAUGCGCCUGUUGGACUCACUGUCGUCGGUGGAGGGAGGAGGGUCCGCGGUGGAGGCACUGAGGUCGGCGGCCGUCGCGUUUGGCUGCUUCCAGGUGGUCGGCCACGGGGUCGACGCCAGUUUGCUAUCGGCAACGUUGCGUGCUGCAAGGUCGGAGGGAUCGCCGGCGCAGGAGAUGGAGAGAAUUGGAGUAGGAGACGAGGAUGAGCUGUGGUGGCUGCGGGGCGAAGGAGACCAAGAAAUGGCCGGAACUCAGCCGUUGCGAAAUGGUCCCAACCAAUUCAGGAACAAAGCAGAUGAUUUGUUUACUCAGCUUGAGCAAGCUUCAACCAAGCUCCUGCACGCCUUGCAGCAGGCCAGUGCAUCUGAACCGUUGGCUAAAGCUGAAGCGAACGGCUCGCUCCUCUGCAUCCGCAAGCACCGACGCAGCGGCAGCAGCGCGUCCGGUCCGAUCAGCCAAGAUGACGUCCUGCGGAUGCUGGUACAGAGCUCGCGGUGCUCGCGCGCUCUCGCCCUCCACCUCUGCCCCGGCGCGGCGGCGUUCCACGUCUUCUCGCGGCGAGGCUGGUCCAGGUUCUCGCCCCUUGACGGCGCCCUCGUGGUCACCGUCGGGGACCAACUACAGUGCGGGCUCUACAAAAGCGUGUCCGGCAAACCAGCUUACAGCAAUAAUGAUCUCCAAGGAGACAGCAGCGAUACCAUCUCAGCAGAAUUCUUCCUUUCCUGCUCUUCAGCAGGCGCAGCAAAGGAGGCUCUGAACAUGGACAACAUGAAGGUCAUCCCGUUGAAUCUGCAGAUCAUGGUAGCAGCUUGCCUUGUGCUUGUUUACCAUGUCUUCCUGUCAUGCUCGUAUGCUAUUUGGUAA